AUGGAGAAAAGUUUCGACUUCAGCAAAUUGUUGCAGAACAAUGAAAAGAAACACAAAAGUAAACCUGAGCAGUUUGUAAGCGUAGCUGGCGGGGUAAAGAAGCGGCUCGCGAAUGAUAUUAAGAAGAGGAAAACUCUUCGAUUAUCAGUUUUCGAUAGAAUAAGAAAUCUUCCAAAACCAGAAAGUCCAGCACCAGUAAAAGAUGUACAAUCUAAAGUGGAAUACAGGCGGAUGCAACUAGAGAAAUGGAAGGAAGAAAAGGAAAAGAAAAAGAAAGAAGCCGCAUUGCAUAAGAAAAAACCGUUUAUAGCUGGUGUUGCACACAAUGCUUUAAAAUUUGUUCCCCCACCACCCCCCAAACCUAUGCCAAGCAAUUCUGGACGUGUUACUAGGUCACAAACAGCGAGAAAUAGUAAUAAUGUAUGCAAGCAAAAAGUCUCUAAAGAGACUAAACAAUUAAAAAAUGAUCCUCAAUCUUUUGCUCCUAAAAAUGCAAUGUUUAACCCUGUACUAAAAAAUCUAGAUAAACCUACAUUAGAACUACCAAAGCUACCAAAUGAAAAGAAAAAUAAUGCAAUGGAAAUCCUACAUAAAUACAAAAAUAAAGCCAAACCUAAGUCUGCUCCUAAUAAAUAUGAACUAAGAAAUUUAAGAACUAGACCAGAUCGAAAAAAUAUUAAAAGUAUAAAAAAUGUAAGUCCAGAAAAGGUGUCAUCAGCCUCUUCAAGCAGUGUUGAUUCAAAUACGAGUGAAAAAUCGCCUAUAAUUAAAACUCCUAGAAAAUUCAUUCAAAAUAAAAAAAAAAUCACACCUAAAAACAUAGUACCAAAAAGUGAAUCAAGCUCCGAAGAAAAACUAAGAUCUCCAAAAUCUAUAGAAAUGCCAAUGACUCCACAACAGAUUGUGGAAGAAGCUAAGAAAAUUAGUCCAUGUGUCACUUUAUCAAGAGGCAAGGAUAAUGCGAGGAAAGAGAUGAAAAAGAAGUUAAAAGAAGGUUUGUUAGAUGACGAUCUAUGUGAAAUGGAAAGUGUGGAGAAUUUCAGAAGACAAUUAGACUCGGAGAUCAAACGCAUGACAGAACUGUGUGACACUUGGGAGAAGAUCUCGGAACAAAUACUUUUGCCAGAAGCUGUGCAGGAAGCUGUACUCGGUGCCAUAGGUCAAGCUAGAUUGUUGAUGUCUCAGAAGUUACAGCAGUUUGCCUCUCUACUGCUGAGGUGCGAAUGUCCGGAACAUGGACAGGCUCUCGUCACUCCCGGAGACUUGCAUGGCUUUUGGGAUAUGGUCUUUAUGCAGAUAGUGAAUGUAGACAUGAGGUUUAAGAAGCUAGAAGAGAUGCGAGCUCGGGGCUGGACCGAGGAAACCCCCGUCGAAGUUAAAAAGAAACCAACAGCAAAACCUCCCGUUAAUAGAAACAAACCAGCUGCCACCAGUCGCUUGAGGGAUAUGAUUGCUGCUGCAAGAAAAGCCAAAAAAGAACAAGUAACAGAGCAAGCAGGUGAACCAGCUAUCAGUUCUUCAGAAAAUAAGACAUUCGAAGCAGGUUUCUUCUGCAUACAGUCCCCAGUUAAAUCUCCUAAGACAUCCACUCCUACAACAAAGCCGAGUCUUCUGAAAGCUGUGCUUUCAAGUGAAGCUCAGAAAGCUUCCGCUUCUAAGAGCGCUGCCUCGUACGCGAUGCUGCGAGCCUCCCUCCUCGGCAAGAAUGUGGACAGUGACACGGUAUAUACGGAUUCACUGCCAUUAACUCCGGUGAAUUUGGGUGCUACGCCUGCUCGUAGCAUUCUCAAGUCUAACGCGAAUUCUUCGAAAAAAUCCAUUAAGGUUGUACUCUUCAAUGCUUCGGAUCAAGAAAUCCAAGACACAUUAGACAAAGAUGAUUAUAAGAAGUUAAAUACAGAAGAUAGUCAUAAUGACGUGAACGCAGACUGUGACUUACCUUUUAUGGACACAGAAGAAAAGGAGAAUAUAUCUAGAAGGAAACUUAAACUGGUCCAUCAAAAUGCUUUUGAGGAUAGAGCCCCAAUAAUGACCAGAAGCAGACGUAAAAGUAUGCAAACACCGAAAGGAGAUCUAGAAGAAAAAAGAACGAGAAAGAAGUUACAAGAAGUUAAUGGAGAAGAAUUUGUCCAAACUCCUAGAAGAUCGAGAAGGAAGAGUGUGCCAGUUGAAGAGUUAACA